AUCGAGCGCAAGCUGAGACCUAUUUACGAGAUGACUGCGCGCAGCGGUGUCAGUAAGUUUCAGACGACUUUUGAGCUCCUGAGGGGUCAAUCUGGCACAUGGCCCAGCGAAGAGAGCGCACGUUCGGCUGCUGCGCUGGGAACGAGGAAUGGGGGGGAGUGAGAGGGGUCGAGGAGGCCCAAACAACGGCUGCGGCGCUGCACACGGGCUCGAGGAGUUUCGCGCCGGACGCGCGACCAAAAAAAUUCGCCGAGCGGCCCCCGCAACCUCGUCGCGCGAGGCCCGAAUUCCUCGCGGCGUCCACGCGCCCGCGCGACCGCGCCACCCCCCGCCGCAGAAGCUUCUCGUGGCGCUCCUCGUGGCGCCGGCCGCGGCGCUCGCGCCGAACUUCGGGCCCACGGCGCCGGCGCUCGACGGCAUGCCGGGCAUCGGCAAGGAGACGGGCGACAAGGCCUGGGACCCCUACGGGUUCAGCCUGAAGGCGUCCUCGGAGACGCUGGGCUGGUUUCGCGCGGCCGAGAUCAAGCACGGGCGGGUGGCGAUGCUCGCCUUCACGGGCUUCUGCGUCCAGGGCGCGGGCCUCGGGAACAUCCCGCUGACGCCGGGCGCCGCGCCGCUUUCGUCGAAGCCCUUCGAGGCGCUGGGCCAGGUGCCGGCGGCGGGCAUCGCGCAGAUCGUCAUGACGAUCGGGCUGAUCGAGCUCUACUCGGAGAGCGUCAAGCCGCACUACACGCAGGGCGGCCAGCCCGGCUACCUGCCCAUCAUCGCGCCGAGCGGCCUCGCGGACGGCGGCGUCGACCUGCGGGCGGCGAACAAGGAGCUCAAGAACGGGCGUCUGGCGAUGAUCGGCGUCAUGGGCUUCUUCGCGGCGGCGGCCGUGCCGGGCUCGGUGCCCGCGUUGGGCGCGUACGCGGCGUCCGAGGGGCCUUCUUCCGGGGGUGGGCGGCUGGGACCGUCGCCGGCCGCACCAAUCAUCGUCGUUUUUGUCUCUGACGCGCUCGGUCCGCGCAGAUCUUAUCCCGGGCUUUGCGCUCUAGGUCGGGCGGUCGGUCGGGGGCCUUGUGUUAAGUCUCGCCAGCCAUAG